AGUAGAUGUGCUGACAGGUUGUAUAGGUAAUCAAUGCUCACUUUGACAACUCUGUCCUUUCAAUUAAAAGUGGAGCCAUUCUGAAAUCCCUGAAGAAUUGUAGAGUCAGAAGGGAAACUUUCAGUAAAGUCUCUUCUUUUGCUCCUUUCUCUUUCUUCAGUACUGCCAGAUCCCCAGUUUCCUGCCCUAUCCUAAGAAAGAAACUUUGGAGAUCAGACUAUGAUCAAACUAUGGAAGCCCAAUCACUCUCAUCCAGGAUCCAAGGUGUCUAUAGCAUUUGAAGAUGUGGCUGUGUACCUCACCCAGGAGGAGUGGGACUAUCUGGGACCUGCUCAUAGGGGCCUCUACAGGGAUGUGAUGCUAGAGAAUUACAGCAAUUUUACCUCCUUGGGAUUUCCAGUAUCUAAACCUGAUGUGAUCUCCCAGUUGGAGCAAGGGAAUGCACCAUGGGUCCUGGACACACAGGCAGCUGAGGGGAAAGGCACCCUAAGCAAUGACUAUUCAGAUUGUGUCACCAGAAUUCAGAACAAAGAACUAUCUCUAAAGAAUGAAAUUUCAGAAGAGAUUAAAUCACAAUGGCUGAAAGCAGAAAAAAUCACAAGGGUUGUUUCCAAGGGACUAAAGCUUGAAGAAACUUGGAAAAGAGAGGCUAUUCUGUGGAGAGAUAAAAGAAGCCACACCAUAGAGAGAUUGAAGAAAUCUCUUUUCAAGGUGAAUAGUUUCAGGCCAAUGUUAAUCAUCCAGGAGAAAAUCUCCACAAUAGAUGGAGGGCAGACAUAUGACAAAUGUGGAGAAAACUGCAAUCUGAAUUCAAACACUGUUUCAUAUAAAGGAUUUCCUAUAAGAAAGGAACUCCCUCAAUGUGAUACAUAUGAUCAAAAUUUCACACAUAAUUCACAUGUUGAUGAAUCUGGAAAUUUCUUCAAUUAUAAUUCAACCUUUAAUAUACAUCAGAGAAUUCAUUCUGGAGGAAAACCUCAUGAAUGUAAUGAAUGUGGGAAAGCCUUCAAAGGGAGUACAGAUCUUACUAGACAUCAAAGAUAUCAUACUGGCGAGAAGCCCUAUGAGUGUAAUGAAUGUGGAAAAGCUUUCAUUCAGAUCUCUAAUCUUAUUCAGCAUCAGAGAAUUCACACUGGAGAGAAACCCUAUGAAUGUAGUGAAUGUGGAAAAGCUUUCAUUCAGAGCUCUAAUUUGAUUCGACAUUACAGAAAAUGCCAUGGAGAAAAACCUUAUGAAUGCAAUCAGUGUGGGAAAGCUUUCAGUGAACGCUCAAUCCUGAUUGAACAUCAUAGAAUUCAUACUGGAGAAAAACCCUAUGUAUGCAAUGAGUGUGGAAAAGCUUUUGUCCAGAGCUCAAAUCUUAGUCAACAUCACAGAAUUCAUACUGGAGAAAAGCCCUAUCUAUGUAAUGAAUGCGGAAAAGCCUUCAGGCAGAGCACUAACCUUAUUCAACAUCAGAGAACACAUAAUGGAGAGAAACCUUAUGAAUGUAGUGAAUGUGGGAAAACCUUCAGACAAAGCUCACACCUUCGUCAACAUCAGAGAACACAUAGUUUUCAAAACCAGAUAAUACAUACUAGAAGGAAACCAUAUGAAUGUAAUGAAUGUGGAAGAUCCUUCAGUCAAAAUUCAUAUCUCAUUCAACAUUAUAGAAUUCACACUGGGGAAAAACCUUAUGAAUGUAGUGGAUGUGGCAAAGCCUUUAGUGCACGAUCCACACUUAUUCAACAUCAGAGAAUUCACACUGGAGAGAAACCGUAUGAAUGUAGUGAAUGUGGGAAAGCUUUCAGGCAAAGAACACAACUUAUUGAACAUCAACGAAUUCAUACUGGGGAAAAACCAUAUGAAUGUAGUGAAUGUGGAAAAACUUUUAAUUAUAGCUCCAAUUUUAUUCACCACAGGAGAAUUCAUUUGAAAACAUAAUCUUAUGAGUGAGAUUUUUUUAAAAAUUAUUUUAAAAAAUUGUUCAACUUACAUUGUGCCUCUACUUCAAUUGUACCCCAAAGGCUACAGUUUAACUCUCUGAGUCUGUAUGUAGAUGGGUCAGAAUAAUAUUCAAUUAUUGUCAACUUUUAAAUUCUAUUUAUGAUUAGAGAGCGAACUAAAAGAAUAAUUACAGAAGAGUCCAGCAAAUGCUCUUAAGCUAAGAAUAAUUUAUUGCACUGAUCCUCAUAACUUACUACAUAUGCCUUUUUUCUUUACCUGUGCUCUGCCUCAAUAAUGGUGUGGAAUCUAGGAACAUGGACAGGGAAUUGGGUCAAAAAGUUCUUGCAUCCUUAGAUUUAAGGAUGUUGUUAUUCAAGAUGUGGCUUCUCUUUCCCCACUUUUAUUUUUUUUAAAGGACCCAGAAGUCUAUCUGGUCUGCAGGGUAAUAGAUAGAAGAGAGGGAAGGAGGAGGAGCAGCAUGCAUAGAGUGAUUAUAAAUCAACAUUAGAACUGAAUUAAUCAUCUUCCCCCGUGGUUUUCUUUCCUAGCUUCCUCAUUUCCAUUAAUUGCACCAACAUUCCCCUGGUUACUUGGGUUCAAAAUCUCAGGGUUGUUUUUUGAUGUUUUCCUCUUUUUUUUUAAUCAGUUAAUGACAUCUACCGAGUCAUUAUAAGGCACUAUGUGAGGCACUCUAAGGGAAAGAAAGACAUAUAUCAUGUAGUCCCUUGCAUUGAGAAUCUCAAAACACAUAAAUGUAUGGGGCACAGGGAAAGUGCAUGACCAUAUUAUCAAUUCUUCCAAAUCCAGGGAGCAAUCUUGUGUGCUGAUCUGAAAAAUAUUAAGAGGAAUUAAAUAAUGUGUAGGAAUAUCAGGAUUUGAAGGAAGAAAGAAUGUUUGGAAUGAAGGAAUGAAUGAGGGUAUGACUAGGGGAGUUGAAAGGGAAAGAAUAAUUAACUAACCUUUUCUUCAAGUCUAAUUUUAGAGAAACAAUCAAAUGUCCUCAUUCUGGAUUACUGCAGCAACCGGAUUUUAUUCUUGCAUUUGAAACCAGAGGUACCUAAAUAUAAAUUUCCUUUUUUGACAUUUACUAGCUUUGUGGUUAUAGGAUUUCUUAACCCUGAUUACUUUUUUUCUCCUUUGAAAAAAUGUACAUAGCAACAUAUGUAGUAUCUACCUCUUAGAGUUGUUUUGAGAAACAAAUAACUAUAAAUGUCAGUUAUUCCUCAAUAUGUAUCCUCUGCUCCAAAUAGACUGGUCAGUUUACUGUCUCCUUACCAUAUCUGUGCAUUCCCUCUUGGCCACAUUUUCUUAGACCCUUUACCAGUCCAUUCAAAGUGUAUCCUUUGUCAAGUUCUUAUCACCUCCUGGCUAGUGUGUUGGACUAGCUUCAUUAGUCCUUCUUGCUAUCUUUUUCGAUUUAUCCUCCACAUAAAUGCUAAAAUCAUCUUAAAGCAAAUUAGAUAGUGUCUCCAUUACCUUUAGAAUAAAAUACAAAUUCAACCUCAUGUUGAAGUUUACAAUCUAGCUGUAAUUUCCCAUUUCAGCUUUAUUUCAAAUUGUGCCUAUUUAUGCACCCUAUAAUUCCAACCUAACUGGACUCUUUCCUGUUUUUUAAACUUAGAAUUUCAUCUCUCACUUUCAUUUUAGCACAAACCAUCCCACCCAAUUAAAACAUAUUCUCUCUUCAGUUCUUCUUAUCAGAAUUUUUAGCUUCUUUCAAUGCUCAGCUUAGCCAUUAUUUCCUUUGUUAAACUUUUUCUUAAUUUAUCCUGUCAAUUGUUUCUUCCUCCUCAAAUUAUCCUAUUUAUUUAUCUGUGUACAGGUGAUAUCCCCCCCAGAUUUUAGAAUUUAGAAUUUAAGCCCCUUGAAGACAAGAACAAUUUUUGUCAAUAUGCCCCUAGCACUAUACUUUGUAAAAAGGAAGUGUUUAUUAAAUAUUUGUUGAAUGAAUCCAUGUCUUUAAAGCCCAGCUCAAAUCCUAUCUUUCCAUAAAGCUUCCCUAAAUACUACAAGCAAAAAAAUAUUUUCCCUUCUUUUGAACUCCUGUGGUACUACUAUCAGGAUGAUUUAUUUGGCUUAAUUAUGCCCUGCCUUGCAAUAUCCAUUUUUCAUUACUUAACUUCCCAUAUGUGUUUUUGAACAUUUUAUCUCUUUUAUUGUAUUGUAAAUUCUUGAAUAGCAAAUCAUGUGCCAUAUUUCUUGGUACAGUGGAAAGAACACAGAAUUCAGAGGUCAGAAAGAAUUGGGUUUAAAUUCUGAGUCUUCCACUUACUAGUUAAAUGACCUCAACCUCUUUUGGCCUCAGUUUUCCCUAUUGAAAAAGAAAGAUCCUAUUUAUACUACCCACUAUUGGGAUACCGUGAGGAAAACAUCAUAAACUAAUGUAAGCUCUCUAAUACUUGUUGAAUUAAUCAUGAAUCAAUUUAAUAGGUAUUUGUUGAAUAUCUACUAUGAACCUGAGGUAUGUAUGUGUUUGUAUGUAUGUGAAUAAAAGAUAAAAUAUGCCCUCCAAAUGUUCUUAACAUGUAAAAUAAACAAUAAUAAGUAAUAUCUAGUUAUUUGGUAGCUCAAAUAUGGGACAAUAAGAGCUAGACUUUGGAAAAAGAGCUUAUUGUGUUAGAGUAAAUAGAAGAAUUUUAACUCCCAUGGAUCUAGAGAGAAGGGACUAUUGAGUAAUUUUAAGAGCUUGAGUUCAAAAUCCAGUGUUUUCUAAGUUGCAUAUUCCGCAUUUGAGGAACUAAUUUUCAGAGACUGCAGGAAUAAUCAUUCUUUCCUAUUUUCCACUAUUUGGUAACAUAUUUUCUAAAUAAAUUGUUAUUCUUUCAGAACAUCAGAGAAAUGAAAAAAACAUGUUGUACAUAGACACAUACCUUACCAAAAUUAUUUUGAAAAUUAUAGGAACAAUCAUUUGGAUACCUAAUUGAAAGAUCAGAGCUAAGAAAACAGCUGCUAUGAUUCUGUCAGGUCUUUCAAGUUCCUUGAAAGCUAUUGGUAGUCACAUAGUGACCAGCAUCCAUAGAUGUGUUUAUGUGAUGACCACAAUAUGAUAAGGAUAUUUGUCUCUGUCUACCUUAUUUUUUAAAAAGAGAGGGGCAUCUGUGACUUCAUCAAUUUAAGAAACUCUUGAUGAGGAAAUUUGUUUCUCAAUGUAUAUAGGAACCUUCUCCACAACUGAUAUUCUUAAAGAAUCACUUAGGGUGAUGAGAGAUUAAAUGAUUUCCCUGGAAAUAUACAGUUCCUAGAUGUCAGAGGUGGGACAGGAACCUAGGUCUCCCUGAUCCUUCCAAAGUCAUCUCUCUAUCUUUAUAGCAGACUGCCUUUUUCUUUUUCCCUUGUUUAGAGUAAAAAUUCCAUUUUUGAUGUAUGUUGGUGACACGUCCUCAAUGUUCCCACUUCUUAGCGCUUCUAAUGCAAUGGUUGACUAAGACAGAAACAGAUUUAGGAAUGAAAUUUGAAGCCUUUAUUCAAGGCUUUGGGCUGCAGUCUAUAAUACAAUCAUCACUGCUUCUUGGUCUACUUUACAUCCUUAGAGUUAAGAAGUCCACUUUUCUUCACUACUAUGACUCUUUGAGAGUUUGGACUAGGGACCCUGUGGCCCAGGAAUACAAAGGUAACAAAAACAAAAAGUACUGAACCAAAAAAGGUACUGCACUUAUAUAUUUAUGUGCUUAUAUCUACAUACAUGUAAAUUAUACACACACACACACACACACAUGUAUAUAUAGUUAUGUGUGGUCAGACAUUCCUUUCUAUUUUAAAUCUGCAAAAGGUAUAUUGUUUAUGCAGCCACUUUUAGAAGAUUUCUUUAUCUCUUGACAGCUUCUGAAACUAUAUAAGUUCAGCCAAAAAGAAAAAUAAAGCUGUUAUUUAAUAUUUCAUAUAUUAUAUUUGUGAAAUGACCUCAAAUAGAUGUAUAACAAGGAAUCAGAGUAGGCAUCCCUUAUACGUCAUGAAAACCAUUGAACAAACUGUGGCAUGUGAAUGGAAUGGAAUAUUAUUAUUCCUUAAGAAAUGUUGAAUGUGAGAAAUUCAGAGAAUCAUGAUAAAACUUAUAUGAAUUGAUGCAUUGAAGUAAGUAUAACCAGAAUAACUAUGAUAAUGUAAAUUAAAACAAAACAAAGUCACACUGAUUAAUUGUAAUGUCAAACUCAAUCCAGUAUAAUAGAAAUAUCAAAAUAUGCAUACUAUCACUUUUUGUGAUAGCAAAAAAUCUGGAAGCAAAAUGGUGCCAAUCAAUUGGGGAAUAGUUAAACAAAUUGUGAUGUGUGAAUUUAAUGUCUUAAGAAAUAGCAGAGGGGCAGCUAGUGGUGCAGUGGAUAGAGCACCAGCACUGAAGUCAAGAGGACCUGAGUUCAAAUGUGAUCUCAGACACUUAACACUUCCUGGCUGUGUGUCCCUGGACAAGUCACUUAAUCUCAAUUGCCUCAGGGGAAAAAAGAAAGGAAAGAAAGAAAGAAAAAGAAA